AUGGCGGAAGAAGUGAAAUCUUACGUGAGUUUUUUUUUAGAAAGUGCAUAAAUUUUAGCAGGUCUGAAUACGGUACGUUUCUAAUGAAAAGCUGAGAUUAAAUAUUUAAAAAGAAAAUUAUUAGAAGAAGCUUUUUCACACUGAUGAAAGUAUCAUCGAAAAUUUCAUCAUCUUUAGUCACCGUUUCGAAGAAAUAGGGCGAAAACAACAUGAAAGGGGGUUGUUUUGUUUGGCGCAGCAAGUAAACAUCUCAUUCCCAUAUUUUCGGCGUAAACAAAGUGUUUUUUUGGUUUCAACAACAACAUUGAUGUGACGUAAAAUUUUGCGUCAAGUUUUCAAGGUCUGUCCCUGCAUGUACAGAUUUCAGGGUGAUUGUGAAUGCCAACAAGAUAGCGACACAUAAAAGAAGCAAACAAUAAAAUUCUGAGAAUGGAGUAUACGAUGUUGCGUUUCAGACCCUUUACAUGGUACAACUUUUAACCAUGUAUACUCAAGAAAAAAGUUCAAAUAAACAAGAGAGCGGGCUCUUUUCCUUUUGCUAGUUUUCGUCCUGUUUGCUUUCUAAAAAGAAAAUAUGAGCGAGGCGAAAACUCUGCGUCGACUCUGAGCUCUCCGCGCAGCGCUUUACUAUUUCGCGUCGCCCUAUGUGGGUUUCUCACCAUUCCACAUGUGCACUUUUCGCUGACAGUUUGUUGCUGCGGCUGGGGGCAGGGCUAGAGGGAAGAGGUUGCUGAGUCAUAUUGCCUCGCACAGCUCGCAUCGCCCAGCAGACGCACGCAUUCACGUUGUACGUGUAGAUUGUUGUUGCUCACCGCGCAUCCUUUUCUAAAUCAAUUCUUCAAAAUGGCUUCAGCUCCGGCUAUUUUACGUUGGUAUGAGAAUCAGAAGGUUAGUUAGAAAAGGUUUUGGUGCACCUGGAAUAAGGCUGUAGGUCUGAUAUUAUUCAAUGAAUAUUUGUUGAAAUAUAAUAAAAAGAAGGAUGAAAUUAUCUUCGACGCUUUUCCAUCCAGCCCUUUUGAGAUUAUCCAACGAACGAUGCGCACCCAGCCAUAUCUCCGUAAUAAAUUUUCUACCGAGAGAAACGGUUGCGAGAAUGAGAUGGUAAUAAACAUCAUUCGCUCCUAAUGAUGUUAUUCUCACGAUCUGGAAUGAGGCGCUGUCAAUAAAAGUAUAGUCGCUUCUACUUAGCCCAUUAAAAACGCUGCGGUAUUGUUACUUCUUUCUUCUGUCAGCAGAUAAGAUUUUUUUUAGAGUAAAGAAAAGCCUUGAAACUUUGAGCAAAAAAUAUAUAAAGGAAGACAAUUUUUGUUUAUGUGCAAUUUUCUCGCGUGCAAGGAGAGCGAAGGCGAAGUUUUAUCGGAAAAUCCAUGAGUCUCUGACCCCCAAAUUUUCUCGCUUCUUUUGCUGAAAAUAGCGAAUGCCAUCCGCGCUUAUUCUGCUCAGUUUUUCCGUAUGCUUAAAAUUAUCAACGUUUAAAUGCUGACAUUUCUGAACGUGAUAAAAUGGCACAUGGAAGAAUAUGACGAAAAGGUAAAUGAAAAUAAUUUCCAAUUCCAAAGAGUUUCUGAGUUUAAAUCAGUUAUUGUUCGCGGUUUCAGCCGGUGCCCUACCGCAGCGUCCUCCAAGAGAAGUUCGAGCCUGGACAGACCUUGAUCAUCAAGGGAUCGACCAUCGAUGAAUCUCAACGGUAGGUCUAACCUUUUUCCCUUUUGAGGAGCUUUGAAGGGUCUAUAUAGAAAAUAACGCGAGAUAGGCAAAAAAUACUCAAGAACGCAAACGUUUAAUUUUUUUUUACAACUGAGGAAAACAAAAAUGGGCUCAUUAUCAGAAGCAUUGAUAGUUUUUCUUAUCGAAAAUUUGAUUGUCGAGUGAUACUUGGGAUACCAAAAAUACAGACUAUCUUUCCAGGUUCACCAUCAACUUGCAUAGCAAGGCGGCCGACUUCUCCGGCAACGACGUUCCUCUUCACAUUUCUGUGCGCUUCGACGAAGGAAAGGUAUCGAUAGGCCUCUUCUUCGUUUCAAUGUCGAUAUGAGUAAUGCGAAAAUGGCUGACUCAGAUCGUGCUGAACACCUUCGCCAACGGAGAAUGGGGCAAGGAAGAACGCAAGUCGAACCCAAUCAAGAAGGGAGAUUCAUUCGACAUCCGAGUUCGCGCCCAUGACGAUCGCUUCCAGGUUGGCUGUUGCUAGCCCAAACUCACAAAAGGCAAAAAUUGCAGGUCAUCGUCGACCACAAGGAGUUCAAGGACUUUGAGCACCGCGUUCCACUCACUUCCAUCUCUCAUCUUUCAAUCGAUGGAGAUCUUUACCUCAACCACGUCCACUGGGGUGGAAAGUACUAUGUCCGUAAAUAGAAAGAAACAACAAGCCUGAAAACAAAAUUUUAGCCGGUCCCAUACGAGAGCGGAAUUUCUAGCGGUCUUCCUGUUGGCAAGACUCUUCUUGUCUUCGGAACUGUUGAGAAGAAGGUUAGCUUGCGACAUUUCGGUACAGUUUUCUAACUAUAACUAUGUUGCAGGCUAAGCGCUUCCACCUGAACCUUCUUCGCAAGAACGGAGACAUUGCUCUUCAUUUCAAUCCUCGUUUCGACGAGAAGGUUCGCAGUCUCUCCUUAAAAGCUCCAAAAUGCUUUCAUUUUUUCAGCAUGUCAUCCGCAACUCGCUCCAGGCUAACGAAUGGGGCAACGAGGAGCGCGAGGGCAAGGUUCCUUUCGAGAAGGGAGUUGGCUUCGACCUUGCCAUCCAGAACGAGGCGUACGCUUUCCAGGUAGACUAUAGAUUAGGAAAAUAUUUUAGUUCUUUUUUACAUCGAAAUCGGUUUGAAGAUAGAAAUCGAGAAAUUAUUUGAAAGAAGAAAAAAGUUGAUCACUCGAAUAAAAAACAACUUCAUUGUCUGAUUGCAGAUCUUCGUCAACGGCGAGCGCUGGGCCUCGUAUGCUCAUCGUUCGGACCCCAACGACAUCGCUGGACUCCAAAUCGCUGGAGACAUCGAGCUUUCGGGCAUUCAGAUCCAGUAAACGAUUCAAUCCAAUUGAUUGCAGCAUUUACUUGACCUAUGCGUUUUUUUUUUACUUUCCACAUUAUCUACUUUUAUGGUCCUGGAAUGCUAGUUUCUAUUUUAUUUUUCAAUUUUUCCCUUUUAUGUAUACAUACGCCCCCAUUUUAACUUCCUUAUCUAAUAAAGCUUUUGUAAUUUUUUUUUCCUAUAGAAAGCUGCAGAUAAAUAAAACACGCUCAAACCGUGGACCAGCAGUGCUUUGACUUCAAUAAUUUUGAAAUUGGGAGGAAACAUUGAGGAAUGCAGUAUGUGGAAGAAUGAGUGACACUCGUCUUCAACACAUCGGCUCCUUGUUGGACUCGAAAAAUCGGACGGUCCGCGCAGAGGCGAUCCACGCGUUCGGCAAGUACUCGAUUGCCGAUGAGAAAGUCUCCCAGGUAGAGACGAUCUGAUCUUUCCACUCUUUUUAUUUAUUUUGUUUAUAAAUUCUUCUCUCAAGGGUUUGAAAACUAGUUUUUUAUCUGAGCUGAGAGAAAUUCCACACAUGUCACUUUCAAGCGAUUAAAAUGAACUGUUUGAUCGAAUAUCCAUGUUGAAUCAAAUCCAAAAAUGGUGGGAACAUCUUUGGACCUGCAGAUCCUCUUCAAACAUAUCACUUCGCCGUCGUGGGAGGCUCGAGUUUCUGCCGGCGACGCCUUGAGAUCCGUUCUCCGGAACUUGGAGUUGAAGACCUCCGACGGCGAUCCGACGUUGGCCUCCGGUUUACAAGUUCUCGACAUUUCUUACAUCCUCAAUACGUUCAAGCCUCUUUUGAGGUAUGUGUUUCGGAUUAAAACAAAUCAACUAUGAAACUAUCAAAAUGAUUUUGAAUGGUAGCAUUACCCGGGAAAAAUAAUGAAUCAGGUCGAAAAAUAUGUAUAGCUUGUUUAAAAUGCCUCGCUGCUGUUUUCAAAGUCUUGCAAGACUUGCAAUUUUCUUCAAGGAGAUUUUCCAUUUUCUCUUAAUUCAGAAAUGAUAAUAACAAAGAAUCAAAUGUUUAAAAUUAGAUUAUUUUUCACGAAAAGGAAUUUAAAUGGAUACAUUGUAUCUACAAACAAUUGGUCUUAUUCUCAUGUUUUCAGCGAAAACGAGGCAGAAUUAGCCGUGAAUGCCAAGUUGUCGACCAAGCAGCAAAGACGGAUUAUCGACCAGCAUCUGGAGUUAAUCGACGCCACGGGGCUUAGCUCAGUGAGCCGCUUUUUCUCUGAUAAAAAGAGCUUUCUCUCUUGAAUUGAGCUUCUCGGAAAAUAUCUGACGUGAACGUUAAGUUCAUGAAUCUUGAUCGCCUAUCGAGGUUUUCACCGUUUAGAUGUUCCUUCUGUGGAAAUUUGAGAAGAUUCUCCAGCUUCUAAAUGUGUUCAGAGUCGUUUCUUGCCAGAUGCAGAGGUCUUGCCGCGAAAGUUUGAGGCCGAGCCGGUACAGAAAGAAAUCGCCAGCUUGACAGUAGUUGUUCUCGUGAGAAUAGAUCAAUCAUGUGUUGCUGAAGGACUUUGCGACCGAACUGAAACAAGAGGCGGACGAGAACGGAAAUGCGAGCGACGGCGGCGAAACCGACGACAUGCAGACCCUCCUACGCGAAAGAUUCGAGCGAUUCGUCAAGGAGUUGGUCUUUUCACGUCCCUCUACAUAUCUACGACAAAAAUAGUACAUUAUCCGGAUGAUAUGAUGGAUUCAAAGCUGUUUUCCAACAUCAUAAGGAACAUUUAAUAAUGUGUUCUGAAACUUUAAACCACAUGUCAAAAUGCUUAUAAUCGGUGUUCAGAAAAAAGGCUCCUAAAGUACGUGUAACAGAGAAAAUGAAUAAGUUUGUUCUUGUUGAAAUCCUGAAGACAAUUUUUUUUUCUUUUCGAUCGUUCUCGUUAAACUUUUCAUGUAUUCCACUGUUUUCUGCAUAAAAGAACUCUAUAAUAAUUUCUAUGAAUGUAAAUAAAAACUGUUUAUUUUUCUCGUUGCAGGCUUUUCCCAGUUCUUGGCGACCAUCGUUGGCAACUGCGACAUGGGGCCGCAAUCGCUUUAUCCCGAAUAGUCUCUUCGUGUUACCCCAAGUGAGUAAGAAGCUGAGAAAUAGAAAAAUAACAAUAAUCCUUUUUUUAUUUUCAUCCCUUAUAUUUGAAUUAUGGAGCGGCCAAUCAUUUUAAUUGAGCAGGAAAAGUUUCUGAAUAUCCACUUGCAGCCUUCCCGCGCGAAUCGUUGACGCUGCCAUUCAGUUGCUCCUCGAAGUUUUGGUCCUUGACCAGUUCAACGAUUUCAUGUCAGGUUGGUUCGAAAAUGUAGUUUGAUCUUUUGGGGUUAAUUCAUAUUAAUUUUUUUAUUGCACUCCUGGCCUAUUAUAUUUAUUGCAACCUGGUCUUAUAAAAUAUACGUAAAUGGUUUUUUGGAUCAUUUUGAGACGGAUGGGUCGAAGAAACGCGUCCGAGGUUCAGAAGCUGGGAAAUUUGCUUAAAAAACAUGAAAGUCAAGAUUUGGUUAAAGAAUUCUCACGGCUCCUUUUUUCGAAGUUUCAAUACUGGUCCUAGCGUUUUAUCUUUAUUCAAAGCGAUAAAGUUGACGCUGAAAGUUUUCUGAUAACUAGACUUUUCUCUCUUUUCUCAUCCUGAUGGAAACAUUUCCUGAUCGUAUGUUUUCUUGUGAGUUUUCAGGUAGAAAUGCGACGGCUCCGGUGAGAGAAACGUGUGCGCAAGCCAUUGGACACAUUCUCAAUGUGACGGAUGAAAGCCGAAGGAAACUAAUUCUCGCUUUUAUGUUCCGAAUGCUCGAAUUCAAAGGCGACAAGGUUCAACCUUUGCCUUGUGAAUAACUAUCUUUUUUCUUUUCAGAACUGGAACGUGCGACAGAGUGCUCUGUUGGUACUUAAGUAUUAUUUUGCCGUUGCCAAACUCGAAGCGCAAAUCUUUGAUAAUUGCUUUGAUGUCGUCGUCCGUUCCUUGGAUGAUCCCAUCGAUGAUGUUUGUUGAAAUUGUUUUUUUUUUUGCAUAGUUAGGUGAAGUUAAAAAACUUCAAGUUCUUCGGGAAAGCUCCAAAAAAAGUUCAGGGGUCAAGCAUUUCUAUGCCCGAGCAAUUGAACUUUACCUCAACGAAUGUAAUUGUUUUGGAGACCUCUCCGAUAUGCAAAGAUAGAAACAGUCACCUGUCCAACCGAAAAAAAAGAAGAAUGGAAAAAACAAUUUUCAGGUGGUAUGUUGUGCCGUAAUGACGCUUUCUUCGAUUCUGGCCAAUCGGGCUUAUUCUGUCGGAAGGGAGGAAGGGACGAAAAAUGGCGUUUCAAAGGAAAAUUUGUUGGUGGACAGGGUUUUGCAGCACGUUUGGAGACUUCUCGAAAUCGAAUCGAAGAAAGAACAGGUGGAGAAUCUUCGAAGUCACUACUUUACUGGUUACUUGACAGUUGCGGUCUGGCUUGGACGCUCUCUGCGUGGAUUUGAUGGGAAUCGUGGAGACGUGGCUCCGUCUCGACGCCGCCGCCUACCUCGACCGGUUCUUUUUCCGUCUCUCUUGCGGACUUCAUGAGAAUGUUGCGCAGAAGACAAACAAUGAUCGUGUCUUCUAUGCUCGACGCCGCGUUCCCGACAAGGAGCGCCAAAGUCGUCGCUCUGAUCGACACGGCUCUCGACCGCGGCCACGCUGUCUUACAGGCCAAGGUUCCUCGGGACUUCUCUUCUUCGUGUAACUGUCCUUUCUCAUGUUGUCCAGUAGCACCCGCGGAUGCUAGUGUCUUUCGCCCGUCUAACUCCAGGAUCACUCGAAACGCAGUUUUUAGCCACGAAUAGGUCUUUUUUAAGUCCAACGUAUUUACGCCAGAUUCACGCGCUGAGCCACAGUUUAGAUGCAUAGGAUAUUCCGAAUCGUUAAUAAACAUCGGGUGAUCGGCAGUAGCAAUCGUGGAACGCCCGUUUUGCAAAAUUAUGACGUAUUAGCUCAAAGAGUGCUACUGACCAUCAUUGGAGAUUUAAUAGAAAAAAAUCCUCCGGGGUUUCUGCUUGUUUAUGUAGUGAAGUUGCAUCCGAAAAAGAGAUAGUUUUUUCUCUGGAUUGGGGCCAACUACAGGUUUGAUCCUUGAACCACAUGCGAAAGUUUCAUAGAAAGUAGUGUACCAAUUUUGUUUUCUUGGGUUUUUUUUCAUACAUUAUGCUCCGGAAUCGAAAAAAGCUCCAAGCAAAUUCAUCCAAAAUCAACUUACAGUUACAGUGGAAUGCCCUCAAUGAAACCUUAUUCGCAGAUAGUAAAAUUCAGGAAGCCUUCUCGAUUCUCAAACAGUUUUACCGCGCCCUUCUGUUUGCUGCCCCAGGCGAAGACACCGUAUUCAUCGAGAUGGUUUUUUUGGCCGCUCUCAAGCUUCUGCGUGUUUAUCAGUGUGUAUUUUCGCUUUACAAAGACCUGAUAACUCCUUUUUAGUACUCCUCUCGUUGAGGAAGAUGAACUGAGCUCACACAUUGGCCGUUGGAUGUGCUGUAUCCUUUACGAUCAUCGGAAUCCAUUAAUAAGUGAUUUUUGAAGACAUUCCCGAGAGCGUAUUUUCUUCUGUCCAGAUGUCUUCGAACUUGGCACUGACGGUAGCAGUAGUUCGCCGAAAACGCCGCAGGAACGCAUGUGCAGUGAAGAAAUGCGUUUCCUCUCCGAAAAGUCGGCUUGAACCCAUCUACGAUGUUUGGUUUUGAAUCGGUUCAGAGAGAAGGACAACGUCUAUGUCACGAGAAAAAUUUUGUGCGCCAAACUUUUAGCGGCUAUUUUGGAAAUAGUCUACGAGGCGAAGAAGGAGCUCGAUGGACAGCCUGUGUUGGUUUCUUUAAUGAAGUUCAGCUUCUUUAGAUAAUGCCGUGUUCAAAGUAAUUUCCGCGAAAUGCAAAAUGAUCUCUGACUCUCCAAAAUUUAGUUAUCUUUUUCUUUCUCUGACGGCUAUUUUGGGUUUCGCGGAAUCACUUUGAACACGGCAUAAGAAAGUUGGAUAAAUGAUACAUUUUUUUUCCAGUUUGAUCAUCCUUUUUUGAAUCCUUUUUUUUCUGGGCUUUUGUAAAUGUUCAUAAGCUCAAAAGCAUUUUCAAAUUGAAGUAAAGCCCAACAUUGGCCUAAGUUUGAAUGGAAAAGGUAUUUUUCUUUCUGACCAUUGACAAUAGUGAAUUGAUAAUCGGCAUUCUUUCUGUGGAAGUUCACGGAAGUGUUCAUUGAUGUUUGAUUUUUAUGAACUUUUCAGGAACAGUUAGAAAGUUUUGAUGAAUACUACGCGUAGUUGCAGCCUGAACAAGCUUUUAAGAUUUUGAGAAAUAAAUAUUCAGACUCUUUUCAAGUUUUUUUUACUCUUUUCAAAUUUUUUUCAGAAUUACUUUUUGAAGUAGAGCACUGUUGUCGACAGAAAUAAACAGAGACAGAAAAAGUAUUGAAAGAGAGAAAAACAGCAGUAAAAAUAAUCUUUACUGUGAUUUUAAUGCAACAAUUUGUUGACCUUCCUGUCAUGUUUCCUCGUGAAGUGAGCUGUUCCAGAUCGAAGUCGGUGCAGCUUCUUUUCGCUCCGUAUCUGCAGUCUUCCUCUCUGAUGCACAACCUCGGAGCGGCGCUGAUCGUCAACGAAUGGGCCGCUCUCUACCGCGCAGCUCUCAACAAGUUCCCACGUCGCAAUUCCCACUUCAUCUCCAUCUUUUUGCAGAGGAACUCAACCCGAUGCCCCGAUGACCGUCAUUUCGCUGUGCGACGCUCUUCUGCGGGGUCCUCCGAAAAGCUUCGACGAGCUCACGACCAGUGUCCAUCUACUCACAAAUGUUUGCGGCUUUUUCAAUCAUUCCAAACCGUAUUUAAUAGAAAAAGGGAUUCUCCUCAGUUUGAUUGAAAACUGGAUGUGACUAUAAGUCGCCAUUAUUACUUUGAGAAUUCGUUCCCCGUGAAAAACCUUUUUUUUAUAGAACCUCAAUACAUCAAGAAAAUUUGAGUUCAGAGUUAUGAGUGAAUUUCCGGCAGUUUCUUUAUUUAGGAAAACAGGGAAAAUUAUUCCUCAUUUUCCCACUUUUUUUUUUCAGUUUUACUCUACUUUAUUCGAGAAGACGCUUUUUGAAGGACGUAAGAUUUUUCCGAACGCAUUUUCCGAAUGAAUAUCUUACUAUUUAUUAUGAAGUUGAAAAAACCGAAAGAAAUGAAGAUCGGUGCGCAGAGCAGUUUAAUGAAUUAAUCGGAAAUAGGAGUUUUUUUAAUACGUACUUUAUAAAAGCGUUCUGACGGUUAUAGCCGUCGAGUUUCAUCAGAUAUAAUAGUAAGAAUUGAAAAAAAAAGAAUUGAAUUGGAAGGAAGUCUUGUGCCGAGAAUCUGGAGCACUUUGAAAUUUUCUUAUAAAUCAUCGUUUUUAAAUGAUUUCUCGAUUUGAGGAGUGCAACGAGUUCGUGGACUAUUGCUCUGUACGGGGCUUCAACCGCAAGGCUUUCUCUCUUGACCAAACUUCAUCGGCGGAGGUCAUGAGCAGGUUUUUUUCGAGUAUUGAAACGAAAAGUUCGAAUAAAAAACAGCUCUUCCACCACUUCUUUCUAUCUGAUAUACCAUUUUUCUUUCAAUUUCGUUUGAGGGAAAUAAGAGACGGAAAUUGCAGCACUGCUUAUGAGGAAUGUCGGGCGAAGGCGAAAAGCCAGAAUCAGUUGGAUUCUCUCGACUCUCGGUAUAAAAGCUUGUGCGAAUUCAUCAAAUUCACAAAGUCCACGGUCAGAAUAAAUACAACGUGAGUUUCAGAUCUAAUGAAUCAGUUUUUGAGUAUACUUCCAAAAUUGAAGGCGCGUUUACGCUCUUAUCUCCUCGGCUCUUUUCUACUUCGGUUGCGCACCCGACAAAUUGACGCCACAAGUUAGUUCUGAGAGAAAAUCUGUGUGUGUGUUCUUUUGACCUAACCAAGUCGUUUCCCUGAAAACCUGCGAAAAUCGCAGAUUCGUCCUCUUGUGGAAGCCAUGCAGAACGAGGAUAAUGAAGCUGUAGCCGCCGAGGCAUUUAUUCCUACGAAUUUAUUCAAAUAACUAAAAUUUUGUUCAGAUUUUCCGUGGAUCCAUCCCUCUCCUAUUGAUAUACAGCUCUACACGACAGCCCAAACCUUUCGUCAAAGUUUUUCUGUUUCCUCCGCCUUCCUGAUUUCGAGCUUCCAGGUUCUGGCCAAGGCGAUGGAGUCGUUCUCGAGUUGUCCUUUUCGAAUUCCGAAGCCGUAAGGAUUCGAUUUUUGCGCUUAUCCACAGAAAUCGCAUCUUUAGGGGUCUCCAGGACAGUUCUCUGAUCGUCACGAUGGAGCGGAUUGGCCGUUCUGAUGCUGGCGAAACGAACGAAGAGAUUUCGGCCGAAAGCAAAAAUGCAGAGUUGAUUCUUGUUGUAGGUUGCCGUUUUUUGCUGGCAGAGUACUUUUUUUUUGUCCAGAUUUGUUCAAACUUCUCCAUCAGUCAAGUCCCUGAGUACUAUAGUCACUUCGAUCUCGAUGAAACUGAGGACAUGAUGGUCUGUUGAGUGUCUCAUUUAGUUCCAUCGGAGACUUUUGAGACGUUGUUGUCUCGCCUCGAGUUACACGGCUGUCUGUGGUCGCGGGUCGUCUCCUCACUUUCCGAGUCCUCUUCUGCUACCGUUCUCAAACUGCUCGCUAGUCCGGACCCCAAUGUUAGGUGAAUUCCAAACUUCACGCUGAAGAACCUUCCUUGUGGGCGUUGCUUUUCAGAUUUGCUGGGGCGAAGGCCGUGGAGACGUUUGCGAGGUCACGACUUGGAGACACGAUUUCUUUGGUUUUGCAUCGGCUGACUGAAAUGUCUGCGAAUAUUGACAGCGAAAACGAUCGUCGCGGCGCCGCCGAAGCCGUCUUAAGGUUUGGCGACUCUUCGGAACAAUCUUCUGAAUUGACGCUUCAUUUAGGUUGGCCAUGAUGGAGAACUCGGUGGCCGGAGUGGCGACCCUUCUCUGUCCUCUUGCCUUUUGUAUGCUCACAGACCAGCUCGCCGAGAUUCGCGACGCCGCUGGAGAAGCCUUCCGUCGACUCGUUCCCUUGGUCGUUGUUGAGGUUCCGGAGCUCUUCAUAGACUUCCUUAGUCUUGAGAACUUCAGGACCCUUCGUAUCAAGUCGUGGGACUGAGCGAAGAGCUGAACCGCAAGCGAAUCGAACUCGCCGACUUUAUCCAUGUCUUGGCGUCGCCCGCAAGACUACCUCACGUCUCUAAGCAACAGAUCGUAGGCCUAGCGGAGGACGUCGAACUCCGUCACUACCAAAUUGUUCAUAAUUCGCCUCAUGAGUCAUGUUAUCUUGAAGUUUCAGGAAGGAAUCACUUGGAUGAGAUUCCUGAAAAAGUAUUCCUUAAACGGGAUUCUCGCAGAUGACAUGGGUUUGGGCAAGACUCUCCAAACGAUGUGCGCAUUGGCUCUCUCUGUCGAUUACGGUAGGUUCUUUUUGUUAAAUUUUCCAUAAAGCUCAUUGACCGUUGUAAAAGUAUUUAUUGAGCAAAAAAACAUUAGCGUAAGAGUGUGCCGAAAGAGAGUUUCAGACAUAUCUUCUGUUAUUUUCUAAGUUAGGUAUGAUUAAACUAUAUUCUUUCCAGAUGGGAUUCCCCAAAACUCACGCUGUUCCUUGAUCGUAUGCCCUAGAACCCUUGUCGACCAUUGGUGUGCAGAAUGGAAAAGGUUCAACAUUUAAAAAAAUAAAACCUGACUUGUCGAUCAAGGUUCUUCCCGGUACGACCUCCUGCUAGGAAGUCCGCAGUGAGAAAUUUGGAGACGGAGAUCAUUGUGGUCGCCUAUGAAGACCUCAAGACCAACCAAUACUUACAGUAUGUCUACAAAAACUCUUAUUUUCUCUUUAUUCCAUUUUUUAGAAAGAAGACUUGGAACUAUGUUGUAUUGGACGAGGGCCACGUUAUGAGGAACCCAAAAACUGUGGUUAGUUUUCUUUGAAGCAUUUCUUUGAGCUUAUCUAGAGUUGAGCGGAACAAAAAAUAAAAACUUUCAAAAAUUUUGAAAUCGAAAAUUAGAAAACGGACAUUCCCAGCCCCGUUGAGUGCACAGUAGAUAUUUGGAAGCUUUGCAUUUUUUUUGAUUCAAAAAGAAAAAGAAAAAAAGAAUCAAAAAAAUAGUCUCCCCACUAAUUAUUCCGAGGCUGGAACAUUCACUUCACGCAGCGUAUGUGCCCAGGCGUAAAAAUCUCAGAAGAAUAUCCUUCUGUGUCACAUUUAUUGAACAGUUCAAGUUCACAAGAAUCCCGCGAGUUCCGAGAAUAGUUUUAAAAUCAAGUUCUUUAGCACAUUUACGCUGCGUAAAAAUCCGUGCAAAAGGAAAUUCGCAAAUUCCCCACCAUUUUUUUCUAGGUUUGGAAAGUUGCGAUGGAGUUGAAGGCUAAAAGUCGCUUGUUGCUUUCAGGAACUCCAAUUCAAAACAGGUCGCUUCCGUGGAGGGGAUAAAACAAGUAUAUGGAAAAUUAUUUAGUCCGACAGACGUGUGGGCGUUGUUCACCUGGCUGAUGCCCGGAUAUUUGGGAAACGAGCGGCAGUUCAGAGCCAAGUUCCUCAAGAAAAUCCUGAAAUGUCGGAGUAACAAGGCCUCCGAAGCGGAUAUCAAGGUUUCAGUUUUUUUGUUAAUGACUUUUUUUUGAUUUGAGAACGGCUCAGCAGCAGUCGAUCAACUUCACAGGUUAAUCCUACCAUUUGUCCUACGGCGACUCAAGAGCGAAGUUCGUCAAGUUGUAGAUGACAAAGAUGAGUUCGAAUUGUUCAGGUUCUGAAAGAACUGCCAGACAAGAAUGUCCAAGACUACGAAUGCGAGUUGAGCGAAGAACAAAAGGAGAUCUAUCGGUUCCUCGUUGAUAGGUAAAACAGUGUCGUUUUGAAAAAAGAACGUCAAUAAAACUAGUUUCUAGAAACUGAGUCAAAAACGGAAACGUUCUAAAUAGUUGACAGAAAAACCAAGUAUUUCAAAAAAGCUUUGUAAAAAGCAACCACUGAUCCUUUCUAGACUUGUUUUUGUGAUUCAUUGCUCAGUUUUCGAAGUUCUCAACCAACUGAACAGUAGCAAACCUCGUUCAUUUUACUUUAGCUUGAGAAAAUCAUCAUGUAGAGUGUACAGCGUAAGUGUUUGCGAAAAGAGGAGGUUUAGACGUCUAAUUGAUGAAGUUUUGCAAGCUAACGAUAAAAAGGGUAUUUAAUCUUGUUUCUCACGUGUCGGAGUACCUGAAGAUCCAUUUAUCAGGUGUACAACGAGCGAAGAAGCCCUCCGUUCUGGCAACGGAAUCGCGCCGCUUCAUGCACUCAUCGCCUUGCGGAAACUCGUCGAUCAUCCUACUCUGAUUCUGAACACUUUGGAUAAGCUGAAUGCCCCUCAGCGGAUCCGCGACUUGGUAGAGAAUCUUAAUUGGCCGGUCUGACAUGCGUAUUCAGGCAAAAGAUGGCUGUUCAUCCGGAAAGUUGGAUGCCCUCGGUCAGCUUCUCACCGAAUGUGGCAUUUGUCAGUCCGAGGAGGAGGCCAAAAAUGAAGAUGUCGAUGGUUCGUUCGAAAAGAUGAAGAAAAUUAUCUGCUUUUGAUCUUAAAGUCACUUGGAAAUGAAAAAAAAAGAUAAUUUGAACGGAAUCUCAGAAAGGGAAGGUUUUAUUCAAUUAGUUUCAAGAACAUCAAUUCAGACGCGAUCCUGCCGUCCGAAACACUGGAACAAUCUCACAGAGCGUUAAUUUUCUGCCAGUGGAAAACUUCGGCUGCUUUGGUUUCAAAAGCCCUUGAAACGUUUGUUUCACUGAAUUCUCUCCAAUUUUUUGAGUUCGGAAAUCACUUGUCAAUCGAUCAUCUUCGUUUUUUAUGUGAUUUUAAUGCAAUCAAUCGAAUUUUUCAUUUGACGAAAAUUGUGAAAGUGAGUCCUGAAUUAAGCCCGAAAGGAAAAAGGCGUUUUUUUUUAUCAAGCCAGACGCUGUUUUUGAUCUCCUGAUCAUUUUUUUUUAAUAUAUGGAAGAACAUUUCUCUUGUUCAUGCACUCAAAAAGAAAGUUACAGAGGCGUUUUCGGGAACAAAGUGUCCCAUUUGGUUCUCGAUGGCGACACUCCGCCUUCAGAACGGCUCAACGUCGUCAAUCGCUUCAACACUGACGUAUCGAUUGACGUCCUCGUCCUAACCACACAUGUCAGAUUCUGACCUUCUCUACGACUCCAAGAACUCUGUUGCAGAUCGGAGGCGUCGGACUGAACCUGACUGGCGCCGACGUCGUCAUCUUCCUCGACCAUGAUUGGAAUCCGAUGAAGGAUUUGCAGGCCAUCGAUCGGUCAGUUUAGUUCUCGUCAUGAUAUCAUCUCACAGAAGCAAAUUAUUUAUUCUACUGGAAGAAUAUUUAACACAAGUCAUUAUCAAAACAAAACACUUUUCUUUUCAAAAUAAACUACAUUCUUCAAAUAUCAAAGACUUAAAGAUUAUGCAUUUAUCGAACUACAGGGCUCAUCGACUAGGUCAAACAAAGAAGGUUAACGUCUACCGGCUCAUAACCCAAGGAACCGUCGAACAGAAGGUGAUGAGCCUCCACAAGUUCAAGAUCAACACGGCUCAAGUAAGGCUAGGGUUACAUUUUUAGUCACCUUGAAAUAUCCCAGGCCUUGAUCGGAGCCGACAACACUUCUCUCCGCUCGAUGCAGACCACCGAACUGAUGGAGAUGUUCUCCUUGGACGGCGACGACAGCAAGUCGAACUCUUCUGCGGCGCCGGUGCCAAAGAAACGAGCCAAGAAGUCCUUGAUCCUCAUGGAUUGGUCACAAGAUGUCUUUUCAGAGGCCAGCCAGAGGACGAGUGGAAUUUAGCCGAGAUGUGGGACGAGACGCAGUAUGACGUCUUUGACGUUCAGAACUUCCUUCGGCAAACCAGUUCCUCAUAG